AUGACAAACCAACAACAAGAUGGUGGAGUAAUUAACACCACCUUCUCAUCACCUCCAAACCAACAGUUUCGUAUAAAUUCACCACCUUCUCUCACUAACCUGACAAGUCAAACUUCAUCUCAAGACACAAUGCUUGCUGACUCACCAACCAAGAUCAAUAACAGUUCUCUUAAUAGAAGAGAGUCCUCCACUCAAAAAUCUACAACUAAAAGUUUACCAUCCUCAUCCAAAACUCCAAGAAGCUCCUCAGUUACAGGUUUCCAUUCGAGAAACUUUCGUAUAUAUACAUGCUGUGGUAUUCUAGAGCUGAAUUGCUUGAAAAUGACAAGUUUCCUUGCCUUGAUCGUUAGUUUAUUUGCUUUUGCAUCCUUGAUUGUGAUCAUUAGUGUAAACUAUUCGAUUGUUGCAGGUUUCAAAGCAACAUUAGCAAAUUUAGACACUGACGGAACUUAUUACAGAGAAUUAAUGAAGUUAUCUGCACGUGCUGCAGUCACAGCUGAAUAUAACAGAACAUUGUCAUUGGAAUAUGUCAAUUUGUACAAUAAUUAUUACUAUUUAUACUAUGUAGAUUUAAACGCAACCAUUGCAAAUGUUCCUGCUUCAGUGCUGUAUUGGAAUCAACACAACAUGUUGAGAGACGAUGUCAAAUCCAGAAGAGCUGUCAAGAUGGAAAUCACCAUGAUGGUUCAAGUGACAAGUGGCAACUAUUCUGCAGCUUUACAAACUCUCGAUUCAGCUCAAUACAAAGAUUUAUUAACAGGUUACCAGGAAGAAGUUCAAAGUAUCUUUGAUUAUGCCGAUAACAUGAAAGAACAAAGUGCAAAUCUCGAUUUGGCAACCACAACUGCUGCACUGAUCAUAGCCUGCACUUCCAUUGUAAUUGUGGUUCCUGUUCUGAUUGUGUUUAUUGUGUUGAGUGUCAAGAAAGAUAAUUCGAAAGAGAAACAAUUGAGACAAGUGAAGAAAUACAUGAUUAUGGACACGAUUAAUGAUCCUUCAGUGGUGGAAAAGUUUAAAGAUUUUUGCAAACAAGAGAGAAGUGAAGAGAAUUUUGCAUUAUUGGAAAAGAUUAACGAAUAUAAGAAAUUGUGUGAAAGAAGUUUCGAUAUUCAGGUUUUCUUAUUCGAUACUGAUGUUUUGAGUAGUUCAGAUCAAUUUUCUGAGAUGACUUCGUCGAAAGAAGAACAAAGCAAAAAGGGAUAUACUGAAAAGGAUUUAUUGGAAAUUGAAAAGAAGAAAUUCGAAAUUGCAUUCGAAAUUUAUUCAGAAUUUUUGGAUGUUCGUGGUGAUCGUUCAGUGAAUAUCAGUAAGGCAUUUGCUGAUAAUGUGAAACAACACUUGGAUUAUUUCGCAAAGGGAGAAAACGAAUCCAUUCCAGAAAGUUUAUUCGAAAGUAUUGAAUACGAAAUGUGUGUCUUGAUGAUGGACACUCACCACAGAUUCAAACAACACUUGGAAUUGCAAAUGAAAGAAAAGAAACAAAUCUUGUCUUCUCUCAAGAAAUCCAAAAAGUAA